UUGAGGUUUGAUUUCCUUCGCAGACAAUGGAGUCAAUGAAUGGUGGAAAACUAUUCUCCAGUUCAUAUCUGAUGGAUUUGGGAGGAUGCAUCACAGUGUUACGUUACUGUGCAGGGUGGGCUGACAAGAUCCAAGGCCGCACCAUACCCAUCGAUGGAAACUUUUUUACUUACACAAGACAUGAGCCUGUUGGUGUAUGUGGCCAAAUCAUUCCUUGGAAUUUCCCGCUGGUCAUGCUCAUUUGGAAGAUAGGGCCUGCCCUUACCUGUGGAAAUACAGUGGUUGUAAAGCCUGCAGAGCAAACUCCUCUCACUGCUCUUCAUGUGGCAUCUUUAAUCCAAGAGGCAGGUUUCCCUCCCGGAGUAGUGAACGUUGUCCCUGGUUACGGGCCUACUGCUGGGGCGGCCAUUUCUUCCCACAUGGAUAUAGACAAAGUGGCCUUCACGGGAUCUACAGAGGUAAUAGCACUUACGCAGGCCAGUCAUGCAGAAUGUCUGCAUCUCCAGGUGUCAGAAACAUGUUCUGUGUCACUGUUUUUAGGCCAACGUUUCUCUAAAACAAAAGUUCUUUUUAAUGAUUUGUUCCUUAUUCAAGCCUUCGCACAUGUUUAUAGAACAUAAGCAGCCGUGCUUGAGAUGAAGCCCGGUACCUGUCAUGCACUCGGCCUGCAGGAAACUGUGUUCAGUGUGUUCAUUACUUUCCCUGACAAGAAA